AUGCUUUCCACAUCUUGGGUUGGAGCAAAAAUAUAUUUCAAAGCAGAAAAAGUGAACAAAGACAUUGAAACUCAAGGAUUUGUUAUUGAUAAUAAUAAUGCAUUGGGAUAUAUUGAAAGUUAUUCAUUCGGAACUGAAUUAAGAGCUCAAUAUGGAAGAUAUGAAUACUUAAUUGAUGAAACACCAAUAGUAUUAAAUAUACAAAAGAGCAGAGCAGUAGCAAAUACUUAUUUCGUUUCUCAUGAGUGUAAAGAUAUACUAUAUAACGUAGGUAAUGAUCAAUGGGAGGAAUUUCCUAUAUUCAAAGAGGUCACAGGUACACCUUUAACUAUAAAAUCAAAAUCAGGAACGAAUAGUCUGAAAAUUCACGUUUUUUACACCAACUUUAUUGGAUAUGAUCACUUUGAUAUAAUAUUGAACCCAGAAAAUGGCAAAGUAUAUGUCGGAGAAACAUCCAGCAAAUCUGAAAAAGUUGUUUUUUCAUCGUGGUAUCCAAUGAAUUUCAAAGAAUACUUUAACUAUACAGCAAAAAUGACUAGAGACUAUCCUGUUAUAGGUCAUUAUACAAAUUAUCCCUUUGAAAAUGAAUUUGAGUUUCAAAACGUUUUUUAUGUACUCUAUGAAUUUACUUCUCAAAGUACUUUUACAUUUGGUGGUUAUGAUUUCAAAUCACUACUCCAAGACGAACAAACAGGAUUAAAUAGAGGAAUUUAUCAUGUCGGUUCAGAACCAUUGAUCAAAGAAGGACAACAAAGUGACAUUGAACACUUUACAAUAUUCAACGCACAACAGAAAAGAACUGCAACAAUUUCAUUCAAAGAGGAUGAAUUAAGAAUUAUUGUACUUUCUUCCCGUAGCGAUUGUUAUUCUCUUUUAAUGUUCAAGAAUGCACAUGAAUUCAUAUGUGAAGAUGGUUCUCCUGUUAAUCCAGCAUAUUCUUCACAGCUUGGUGAAAUUAUUCUUAACAAAAUUAAACCUAGAUCUGGAUCCCCCACACUUGAAAUUCAAUAUGAUUCACAAGUUUUUAAUAGAAAUGAUAGAAUUGAUAUAGUAUACAAUAUGUUUGAUAUUGCUGUUAAAUUUUCAUCAAAAUCAAGAGGGAAAAUGUUUAUUAUGUCAUCUGUGGAAUCAGAAAUUUAUAUUAUCAGAGAUUUGGGAAAUUCCAUUUAUAUGAGAAGAGGAACUUUCUUUAAGAUUGAUUAUGCAGAAGGAAUUUUAGAUUUUUAUAACCUUUCACAAUUACCAGUUGGAGCUCAAAUUGGAAGACUUAAAUUAAACAAUUGUAUAUCAGAAUUUGACCACCCAGGUUUAGUUAUUAGAGAUGGCGAAGUCAAAACAUUCACAAUUGAUGAAUUAUCAGUUGAUGUUUAUCCUUAUCAUUAUCAGGAUGAUGAUUUAUGCCAUUUUUAUAGUGAAAAUGAAGUGGUCAUUAAAAAGAUUGAUAAUGGAUUUAAUCUCAGAUCUAACAAUGGACCUCAAAAUGUUACUGUUGUUAUGGAAGGUUUAUAUGAAAAUACUUUUGCUGACAAUUAUAAUACAAAAAGUUACAAAUUCGGCGUUGAUGCAAUAUCCAACAAACCAUUAGGAUACAAAUUACAAAAAUCCAAUAUCCACUAA